GUUAACUAGCAGCACGCAGGAGGGGGACGCCUAGAUUCUCUUCUUCUUCUUCUUCAUCAGACUGAACUGCGCAAUGAACCGGGACGGAGGCGCCUUUCCUGCCACCUACUGGAUCGGGAAGGACUACACACGAUUAAAAGCCGGAGGAGCGACGCUCUCAGCAGCAGAGAUGUCAACACACACUCUGAAGAUGACAGCUUCUGUUCAAUACAUCAGAAAGCUGUUAGGAAAAAGCAGCUGCGCGACAAACAACCUGCUGAACACUGGACACAAAACACAGAAGAACACUAGUGAUUAUAAAACAACCAAGAACAAAGAUGGGAAAAGCCAUAAAAGAAACGUUGUGCAGUCCCAAGACAAGACAACGGAGCAGUGCAUACGGAAAACUGUUGUUUUAAGAAGAAAAGAAAAUGAAACUUUUGGGUUUGACAUCCAGACAGGCAGUGUUGAGAGAAGCAUCAGUGCUGAGCAGGAUUUGGGCUCGUUUGUGUGUUGGGUGAAGGAGAACAGUCUCGCAGAGAGUAGUGGGUUAAUGACAGGUGAUGUUAUUAUCACAGUCAACAGUGUGCACAUUGCUGGAUUCACUCAUCAGCAGAUCAAGGAUCUGGUUCAGAAGUCCUCCCUCUUAAUGAUAGACAUGAUCAGAGGUGCUACAGAAAAGCAGAGACAAUUGCUUAACAAGCUUCAUCUCCUGCAGAGACAGUUUACAGAGAAAUGCGAAGAGCUUCAGACACUCAUCUCAGAGGAAGUGCGUCUAACAGGAGGUGCCAUGGAAGACAUCCAGAAGCCAUAUGCCCUUCUUCCAGAAUCCUCUGCUACGGCUUGCUGACAGUAUGGAUAAAUAGUUUUGUCCCACUCACAAUAUAAUCAAACACAGCUAAUCAAGAUUGUGGGCUUCACUUGACAAAUACAAGCUGGUGCAUUAGAGCAGGGCUGUAGUAAAGUAGACUGGGCACCCUCUACUCCUGAAUCAUUUUAAAGUUACAAGACGUAUGGCUAUAUGGUCAAAGACACCUUGUUAAGACAGGAUUGAAAGCAUGAAAUGCUAAAUAUUGAUGUAUGAAAUGGAAUUGUUUAAUAAUUUAUUUUAAUUAUUUUGUAUUCUUGUAUUAUCUAUACUGUAUUUAUGUAUUUUGCACUAUUAAGCAUUGCCAAUUUAUUUAAUUCACUGUAUAAAUGAUUUGUGUAUUUGUUGUAUACAAAGUGAUUUAAUAUAUUUAUUUAUUUUUAUAUUUAUUAUAGAAUGCCUCUUUAAUAAACUGGUGUUUUGUAGCAUGA